AUGCCGUUUAUCGGGAAGGACUGGCGAGCACCCGGUGAAACUUGGGUAUGGUGCUCCAAUACCGAUGGAUGGGAACAAGUGAAACUACGACCAAUUCAGCAGGUAGAAGAAGCAGUUGAUACAACGCGAUCACCAGUUUUUAGUUCACUAGUGAAAAAUAUUUCUUCGAUGUCGCUAUCAAGUAACGAUGAAAAUUGUCAGCGAUCGGAUACUGAUGAUUCCGUUUCAGAAGGUGAUGAUUGGAUUCCACACUGUUUCGUCAAAACUGGAAAAUCCAAGGAAUUUGUUGGAUGUACAAGUAUGAGUGAGGCAUUUCAUCGAUUGGACUUGGCACGAGCUGUGAGCGAUGUCCGGAGAUUCAAUUAUAUCUGUAAAGUUGUGCAAAUCCUCGUUCAGGAGAAGUUGCAAAAUCUUAGUGCUACUGCUCGAAAAGCUCUUCUUUCCAUUAUUAAGGCAAUUGUACUUAUAUGUGUCGAGAGGGACCUCCACAUAUCCAUAGCACGAUCUCUUGUCUGUGAUUUUGGUACGGGUCUUGAGGGUCACUUAUAUGGUUCACCUCAAUUAGUUUCGAAGCAGCUAAAUAUGAUUGGCGAUUUGUUGGAACUUAUUUCCGAACAACGACCACGUACAUUAGCGGAUAGUGAUGAAGAGUCAGUAACAUUCAUGGAUUUACCACGAGAGAUUUUGUCAAUCAUCUUAAGAAAACUUCCCGAUCAUGUUUCGCUGCUUGAAGUUGCUAAAGCACAUGAAGUUUUGGAUGCCAUUGUCAAAAAAGAAGAACAGCUUUGGGCAUCUCUAUGCAGUUUUCACUUUACGCAAGAGCAAACUGCGAAAAUUAAGAAAGACCCGAUUUCCUGGCGUCAUGCGUUCUUCGAACUUAAAAAACAUUGUGGACUGCGAGAAUUUUAUGCUGAUUUAAUUCAUCUCUGUUGCCACUGUAAAGCGAUAUUUUGGAAGGAUCAUGGACAUCCAUGUAUAUCGAAAGAUACACCUUCGGUACGUGUUACUCCUCAACAAUUUGUAGACAUGUUACUACUUCUGUAA